AUUGAAUGUUGGUAACCAUUAUACAUGGUCUAAGAAUUUCUUCCCUUUUAUGAUAUAUUUUUUUUUUGGUCAAGUCCCUUUUAUGAUAUUUUUAUUUUAUUGUUUUUCCUUUCUUUUCAAUUGUGCAUACUCAUCAUGUUCAUGAAUUAAGUCCAAUAUGAGCAUAGUAAAGAGAUAGAAAGAGAAGGAACCAAAUCAAACCAUUUUUAUAUUCCCCACCCCAAAUUUCUAUUAGUGCCCCUUUUCUCACCCCCACAAACCAAAAUCCAAACAUAGUACUCCCAUAAUUUUCCCUAUAUAUAAGAGACCCAACUACCCUCUUCAAAAACAUGAUUUCCCUUAACAUUAUUAUCAACAUUCACCACUAAUAUUUCAUAAUCCAAACUCAUCCAAACAAAAUUCACAACUAAAUUAUGGCAGAUAGCCCAAGUAAAAGCAAGAGCAAUUCCCUCAUCCACCAUACCACAACCACAAAGGGUGGUUGGAAUGCUGCAAUCUUCAUCAUAUUUGUGGAAUUUGCUGAGAGAUUUGCAUACCAAGGUUUGGCUUCAAAUCUAGUAAACUAUCUCACAGAUUUUCUUAAAGAACCAACAACUACAGCUGUGAAAAACGUGAACACAUGGGUUGGUGUUUCUUCACUGUUCCCUUUGCUUGGUGGUUUCUUAGCUGAUUCCUAUCUUGGUCGAUUCAACACCAUACUCUUGUCUUCACUCAUUUAUUUUGUGGGCAUGGUUUUCUUGACACUUUCAGUGUCAGCACUUAGACAUAAAACACUUUUCUUCAUUGCACUUUAUGUGCUUUCCAUUGGUGAAGGAGGCCACAAACCUUGUGUUCAAACUUUCGCCGCCGAUCAAUUUGACGAUGAUACGCCGGAAGAGAAGGAUGCUAAGGGUUCAUUUUUCAAUUGGUGGUACUUAGGCGUUGUUGCUGGUUCAACUGCUGCUGUGUUUAUUCCAGUAUAUCUUCAGGACAAUGUUGGGUGGGGAGUGGGGUUAGGAGUAUUGGCAGGAGUGUUGGCAAUGGCAUUGGGACUUUUCUUAUUGGGAAUCAAAAGGUACAGAAAAGAAGGCCCUACAGGUAGCCCAUUUACAAGACUGGCCCAAGUUUUUGUUGCUGCAUUUUCCAAGUGGCGCGUGCAAGACACGCUCCUUCAUAGUAACAAUUUUUGCUAUAGUGAAGAAGACAAAGUUGAGCCUCACCAUCAUCAUCAUCAUCAUCAUCAUCUUCAUGUUCAACCUAAAUAUCACACUUUGCUACAUACUCGUCAAUAUAGAUUUUUGGACAAAGCAGCAAUAAUAGAUGAAGUUGAUGUCUCAAACAAAGCAAGAAAUCCAUGGAGAUUAUGUUCAGUGACUCAAGUUGAAGAAGUGAAGUUAGUUCUUCGCUUAAUUCCUAUUUGGCUAAGUUGUUUAAUGUUCACUGUUGUCCAAGCUCAAGGACACACAUAUUUCACUAAGCAAGGUGGCACACUAAUCCAUACCAUAGGACCAAAAUUUCAAUUCCCUCCGGCGUCACUUCAAGGGUUAGUCGGAGUCACGAUCCUUUUUGUCGUUCCAAUAUACGACCGAGUUUUCGUGCCACUCGCUAGAAAAUUCACAGGACACCCGAAUGGGAUAACCGUGUUGCAAAGAAUCGGGGUUGGUUUAUUUUUGUCAAUACUCACAAUGGUUGUUUCGGCUAUCGUAGAAACCAAAAGGGUUAAUGUUGCUAAAAAUCACGGUCUAAUAGACGAUCCAAGUGCAAUACUACCGAUGUAUAUUUGGUGGUUACUUCCUCAAUAUAUGAUCACCGGCGUUUCUGACGCAUUUACUAUCGUUGGACUACAAGAAUUGUUCUACGAUCAAAUGCCGGAGGGGUUGAGAAGUUUGGGAGCCGCGGCGUAUAUAAGUAUAGUAGGAGUUGGAAGCUUUGUCAGUAACAUUAUAAUAGUUAUUGUUGAGGCCAUUAGUUCAAAAGCUGGUGAGAAAUGGUUGGGAGAUAAUAUCAAUAGGGCACACCUUGAUGAUUAUUUUUGGGUUAUGGCUGUGUUAAGUGCUGUUAAUUUAGGUGUUUAUGUGUGGCUUGCAAAGUGUUAUGAGUAUAAAAAGGUUGAUGUGGAUGAAAGAAGUAACCAAGAGGGUUCUAGCUUCAAUAGAUAUCGUUCUGGAGUGUAACACAAGGCAAGAAAAAACUAUUGUCAUAGCUUAUUCUACUACAAUUUCCAAAUUAGUAUAUAGUUCUAGAUGUGUUGUAUAAGAACAAUAAAUUUAUAAGCUAGUUACAUAUUCGUGUUAUUUCUUUCUUUUUUCUGUUAAGAAAAUGAUUGUUUUUGUAUUUCUGAUUUCAAAAAGUUUUGCGCAAAA